AUGGUUGAACUCUCCAGGAUCGGCCGGGCGCUGGAUCUGGACGGGCGGAUAAUCGCGAAGCUGGACUACCUGCUGCCCGGCUUUUCCAAGAAGGACAGGGCGGCCCGGUCGAUCGUGACGGCGGCGCGCGAAAACGGGUCGCUGCGCCCCGGGCAGACAGUGGUCGAACUGACGUCCGGCAACAUGGGAACCGGGUUGGCUAUUGUCUGCGGCGUGCUGGGACAUCCGUUCGUUGCCGUCAUGAGCGCGGGAAACUCAAGCGAGCGCGCGAAGAUGAUGCGAGCUCUCGGGGCUGAAGUCGUCAUCGUUCCACAGUCGGAAAACAGCCGUCCGGGUGAAGUUUCCGGUGCGGAUCUGGCGUUGGUGGAUGAGAUUGCAAAAGAGAUAACCGCCGAACGCAACGCCUUCAGGGCCGAUCAGUUCGGUCAUUUCGGCAACCCGGAAGCGCAUGAGACCGGAACUGGCCCGGAGAUCUGGGCACAGUCGGAAGGGACGGUGACCGCGUUUUGUGAUUUUGCCGGAUCCGGUGGCACCCUGGCGGGUGUGACCCGCUUCCUGGCGCAAAAGGGAGUGAAUUCCUAUGCAGUGGAACCGGCCGGUGCGGAAGCCCUGUCAGGUUCGCCGGUCACAUCACCCGAGCACCCUAUCCAGGGAGGCGGUUAUGCCAUGAACGACCUCGACCACCUGCGCGAUGUUCCGCUCGCGGGCUAUUUGUCAGUAUCCGGCGAGGAUGCGCGCAAACAUGUCCGUCUGCUGGCACGCAUGGAAGGCAUCUUCGGGGGCUACUCUGCCGGAGCAAAUCUUGCCGGCGCCGUUCAGCUUCUGAAAGGCCCGGAAAAGGGCGGGUGUGUCGCCAUCGUCAUCUGCGACAGCGGAUUGAAAUACCUUUCCACCGAUCUGUGGGAGACCGAAUGA